AUGGGACAGCAAUGCUUUGUGCUGUCGGAUCCGAAACUACCCGACAAUCCGAUUGUGUUUGCAAGCCCAGGGUUUUACAAAUUGACGGGUUACACCAGUCGGGAAGUUCUGGGACGAAAUUGUCGCUUCCUUCAGGGACCAGGCACGGAUGCCAAGGCUGUCGACGUUAUUCGAAAAGCUGUGGGCACCGGCUCCGAUGCAACAGUCUGCUUGCUGAACUACAAGGCUGAUGGAACUCCGUUUUGGAACCAGUUCUUUAUUGCCGCGCUCCGAGACUCGGACAAUUGCAUCGUGAAUUACGUAAGUUUUGCUUUUUUUGGUGUUUGA